AGUCGCUGAUCCCGAUGCUCACAUUGACUCACUCUCUGACCUUUGACAAAUCAUUCACCUCUGUGUCUGUGGUGCUCAGAGUUAUUGAGGUUUAUCUCCCACCUGGGCAUAUUGUGAGGGUUAGUUAAAUGCUUCGAAGAUGAAACACACUAAGUCCCAUGUGUUAAAGAAGGUUGAGUAUUUGUUUUCAUGACUUGUUUUCACUCAAGGAUUGGAAAAGCUGCUCUCAAACAUGUCAAGGAGCUAAAGGAAAAUCUGGACCAGUCAUUUUAAAAUCAAAGAGUCCAUUCCAGUGGACAGUGUUUCUAUAGUAACAGCAGCAAUAAUGCAGUGCUCCACUGGCAUCUGACAUAAAAACAGUCCCAAGAUCAUUCAAAACAAGCUGUGGUGGCUGGGCUGCACAUAUAAAGUGCUGCUAUUUCUGAUACAUCAAUGGUCCUGUGUUUACCUUCACCCUCUCAAGAAGUCAGUGCAAACACAUCUCAGAGUUAAUGCAGAUGGCCUAGUGCUAAGAAUGCCAGUAAAUACCAGAGUCCUGUUUACACUAGAACUUCCAUAAUUACUAUCACCAGGGAAGCAACACCCAGUGGAAGAUUCCAGCCCCAAUUCUAGUGUAGGAAAGUCCACUGGAGUCCUGACUCUCCUUUGUCACUGGUUUUACCACUAGUGAUUUCUAGCAGAGCUGGAUUUGCCUCUCAUACCAGUGCAAAUCAGGGUCAGGCUAUUUUAGGGAGAGACAGAACACACAUACAAGAGAAAUAGUAACAUUUUUAUAAAAAUGCAGCCCUCACUUGUCAACGUGAGACUCAGCUUGGCUGUGUUAGCAUUAACCCAAGGCAGCCAUGUGUCAUUUUAAGCCAGAGAUGAAGCUUGUGUAACAUGCAUUCCACAUUGGUUAUUCACUAACAACAUCUGUAAGCUAAGGAUCCCUCCUUGUAUGUUCGGUGCAGAAGAAGAAGGGCAGAUGAUUAGAUUUUCUACCCUGCAGCCUUGAUCAUGCAAAGACUUACACAAGUGCUUCACUUUAUGCACUGUGAGUCUGUCUGGGUGAUAUCAGUGGGUGGGGGUACUCUUUACACACUGUGUUUGCAGAAUUGGGUCCUGUGGCUCAAAGGAGAAAGGACCCCAAGGCCAGUCAACACUGGAAACUUUUGUUAGGGUUGUUAAUUUUUUUUAAAGAGAAGUUUCAGCAGUUGCAAAAGCCCUACUGUGAACAAGUCAUAUUGGCACGAAAGCGCUUUGGCUGGUAUAGAUUAUUUUGCUCAGGGAACUAGUAAAAACUGUAUCUGCGUAGGGAGUUUGCCAUUAUUGCUUUAUCAGUCGAGCUACACCGGCAAACCAUUUCCAGUCUGUAGGCCAUCCAUGGAGUAGCUGAGGAUUAAGAAAUGUUGUCCAGAAACUGGUGGGUUUUUUUUUUUUAAAAAGAAGAAAGUCCCAACUAAGAUAGGGCUUCUCCCCCAUCUUAUUCUUAUUCUCGGUCCCCACCUCCGAUGUAAUUCACUCCUUGCUUUAAAAGAGAAUGACACAAAGCAGGCAUGUCAACACAUGCGGAAGGAAAAUCUAUGCAAACACAGGCUGGUGUUGAAAACUUCGUUACAACUACUGAUGUGCCAUUGAUUAGUUGCAAUGAAAGGAAUGACAGACCGUGUGUAGAAGAAAAUGCCUUUGAAGCACUGGAAAAAGACUUCCAAGAAGUCAUCAGUGAACUUACGGGAGAUAAAAGUCUGGAGAAAUUCCGGAUAGAAUAUGAGAAGCUCCACACGGUUAUGAAGAAAUCCUACGAAAAUGAAAGGCGUCUCAUGUCAAAAUGCAGGGAGCUGAAUGCUGAGAUUGUGGUGAAUUCGGCUAAAGUGGCUGCAGCCCUGAAGCUCUCUCAGGAUGAUCAGACGACGAUAACAUCACUGAAGAGGGAGAUUGAAAAGGCCUGGAAAAUGGUGGAUGCAGCCUAUGACAAGGAGCAGAAAGCAAAGGAAACCAUUCUCUCACUGAAAGAGGAAAUUAUGAACCUGACUAAAUUAGUGGAGCAAGGAUCUGGAUUAUCACUGGGUCAAGAGCACAAUAUCCGGGAUUUGCUGAGGUUUAAGGAAGAAGUAACAAAGGAGCGAGACCAGCUCUUGUCAGAGGUUGUGAAGUUACGUGAAAAUCUAAUCCAAGCUACAGAGCAACAGCAAGAAACAGAGAGGGCAAAAAAUGAGGCAGAACAAAGCAUUGAUCAGUUCCAGCAGGAAAUCCAGAUGCGUCAGAAUGAGGCAUCCCGGGAGUCUCGAAAGAAGGACAAACUGGAGAAGGAGCUUAAACACAUUCAGGUGGAAAUGGACAACAAGCAGAGUGAAAUAAAGGCGCUGCAGCAGCAUGUGCUGAAGAACAAAGAGGAGCUCCUAAAACUGGAGCAGCAGCUCAAGGAACAGAAGAUCCUGAAUGAAAGAGCUGCCAAAGAACUUGAGCAAUUUCAGACGAGAAACUGUAAACUCCAGCAAGAGAACGAGCAGCACAGCAUGGCCUUUGAACAAGUAACACAGGAGAACCAGCAGAAAACAGUGGAGCUGAAAAUGAGGGAGGAUGAGGUGACUCAGAUGCGUCAUGAAAUUUCAAAACUCUCCAAGGUAAGAGAAAUUAUCCAGAGAAAACUGCGUGUUGCAGAGGAACAAAAAGUUGAAGCAGAAUACCAGAGGGAUACCCUAAGAAACCAAAUCUCUGGACUAGAGAGAGAGUUGGAGAUUGGUAAAAAGCAGGUAGAAAUUGAUAAGAAAGCUAUAGAUGAGCUGGUGAGAGAAAGGGACAUAUUAAACAAGAACUUGCUUAAGGCUGCCAGUGUCACUCAAAAGCAGCUGAACCUGGUAAAGCUCCAUGAACAGUCCAAGAGGAACUUGGAAGAAGAAAUUCAGAACUAUAAGGAUGAGGCUCAGAAGCAGAGGAAGAUUAUUUACCAGUUGGAAAAAGAAAGAGACCGUUAUAUCAAUGAAGCUAGUGAACUCACCCAGAAGGUCCUCCAGCACAUGGAAGAUAUCAAAGUGCGGGAAAUGCAAAUCUUUGACUACAAGAAGAAGAUAGCAGAGGCCGAGACUAAAUUAAAACAGCAACAAAAUCUGUAUGAAGCUGUAAGAUCAGACAGGAACCUAUACAGUAAAAAUCUGAUUGAAGCUCAGGAUGAGAUCACUGAAAUGAAGAAAAAAAUGAAGAUCAUGACUCAUCAAGUUGAUCAGCUUAAAGAAGAGAUCACAGCCAAAGAGGCAGCUCUUGUGAAAGUACAUUUGGAACAUCAACGAAUAGAAAAGGAAAAGGAGUCCCUGAAGGCUGAGCUGCUUAAGAUGAAACAACAAGCCCUGGAGACCAAACACUUUAUUGAAAAACAGGAAGCAGAAGAGAGAAAACUCCUGAAAAUUAUUGCUGAGGCUGAUGCCGAGAGGCUCAGGCAGAAGAAGGAAUUAGACCAGGUUAUCAGUGAGAGAGACAUCCUGGGGUCGCAGCUUGUUCGGCGCAAUGAUGAAUUAGCUCUGCUUUAUGAAAAGAUCAAAAUCCAGCAGUCUAUCCUAAACAAGGGGGAGACUCAAUACCGGCAGAGAAUGGAAGACAUUCGACUCCUCAAGCUGGAGAUCAAGAAACUUCGGCGAGAGAAGGGAAUACUUAGCAAGAGCGUGGCUAAUGUGGAGGAACUCAGGCAGGAGGUUUAUCACAUGCAGAAGGAGCUACUGAAGGAACGGACUCGAUGCAGAGCCCUAGAGGAGGAGCUGGAGAACCCCAUGAAUGUUCACAGAUGGAGAAAAUUGGAGGCCAGUGACCCGAGUACCUAUGAAUUGAUACAGAAGAUACACACGCUACAGAAACGGCUCAUCAGUAAGACAGAAGAAGUGGUUGAGAAAGAAUUGCUUCUUCAGGAAAAGGAAAAGCUGUAUGUAGAGCUGAAGCACAUCUUGGCCCGGCAACCUGGGCCCGAAGCAGCAGAACAGUUGCAGCUCUACCGACACACCCUCCGAGAGAAGACCAAACAACUGAAAGUUUUGUCUUCAGAACUGAACAUGUAUGAGUCACAGAGUCAAGAGUACAAGUAUGAAAUAGAGAGACUGGGCAAUGAGCUCCUGAAUGUGAAGAAGAAAUACCUAACCCAGAAACGCAAGGAACAACAGACCAAGGAUAAGGAGCGAGUGUUAGCUAACAUGGAGCAGGAGUAUCCAACGCAGAGAAUGGACGUUCCUCGUUUCACUGGGGGAGGCUUUGCUCUCACCAAGCAACCGCCCAAGGUUAUGGCCUAAACUGGAGUUAUCUCAUCAUGUUCCACUUUUCUUGCUGAACUAAAUUGGUUCUUGGGUGUUUUAGAGAAUGGUUUUAGAGUAACUCAUAUCAAAUGUUCUUUUUGGUAUUACUGCAUUGUUUUCAUAAAAGAAGCUUAUUCUAGAGCGGCCAGUACUGUAAUUUACACACUAUGGGCUAAAUUCUGCCCUUGAUAGCACCAGCAUUACAACAUGUCAAUGGAGCUGCACAGCUGGGACAUAUGCUGAUAUUUCUUCCUUGUUACUGUGACUUUUUAUUUAGAAUUGUAACACCCAAAAUACUUUAAUAUGCACAACUAUAUACCCUCUGUCUACCUCCACCCCAAGCACGUAUUCUAUUUAUCCAUCAAUUUAAAUCUACUAGUAGGAAGGAAAAAAACAGAAAAGAAGGAAAAAGGAAUAAUGAGAAGCUCCAUGUCCUAUUUUAAGCAAAUGCAGAGUUGACAACUCUUUGCUCAGAUGUUCACGUGAGAUGGUUUUUUGUGCAGGAGUAAUAUCAUUUGGUUUAUUCAAUAUUUGCUACAGCCAUUAUUAAGAUCAAGGGAGUUUUCUGCCACAGUAGACCUACCCCUUGUCCAUUGUUAAGGGAUGCAAUUCUGCAUACUGGAUGUGGAUACUAAGUGACUAAUUAUGUCUGUUCAAAUAAGCAGUCUAUCUACUCUGUCUGGAACCUGCCAUCCUCUAUACAUUGUUUCUUGUGAAUCUGAACUCAAAACAUGGCAAACUUUGCACUUUAAUUUCUGUUAAGAGAAAGAUCUUGGAACAUUUUUGUAACUUUACAAAAUUGUUUUUGCAACACAGCAUGAGCCCUCCAACCUUUUCGGCCUAAAGAGAUUUAAUUACCAUUAAUUACCAAGUGAUAUGACAAAAAUCACUGCGAGAGGAGCUGAAGUAUAGAAAACUCACAAGCUGUAAAAUAAAAUGUUUUAGAACUGAUUUCUAUAUGGAAUGCUCCCUCCUGCACUAGGGGAUGAAAAACUAGUCCAAAGAGAUAUGCUGAUAAAUAUUUAAUACAAAAAAAAACCCCUUUGCAGAGAUUUUGAUCUUUGCUUUGGUGAAACACAUAAUUAAAUAUUAAAGCUACUGUGGGAAACUUUUAAUGGAAGUGUUUAAUUCAGGGGAAUCAAGUUAAAUACAACAGGGAUCUUCUUUGCUGUUACAUCAGAGACCAGAACACUGAGUCAUCAGAUCGAUUGUAUUUUUUUCUCUCUGUCAAGUAUAUUUACACCACAGUAUCAUUUCAGAGGAGUCUUAUUGUCUGAAUCUUGUCUUGUGUGUGUGUGUGUAUGACAUUUCAGUAUAACCACAAUAAUCCAAUCACAGUAAAGUCAAGAUGGCUGACCUG